UCAAAAACUAGGAGAUUAACACUAUAAGGUGAAUCCAAUAAACAUUUCAAACAAUUAAUAAUGUUGAGAGCAUCUGCUAGGGCCUCUGUGAGGGCAGUUAGAGCGUUCCACGUCACCAGAGUCUCCAAUGCAGCAUCCAUAUUUAGAAUGCCUGCCAUGUCUCCUACCAUGACAGAAGGUGGGAUUGUAUCUUGGAAAUACAAGGCAGGUGAUGCAUUCACUGCUGGAGAUGUUCUUUUGGAGGUUGAAACAGACAAGGCAACUAUUGAUGUUGAAGCCUUGGAUGAUGGUGUUAUGUGGGAAAUCUUGAGAAACGACGGAGACAAGGGCAUCCCAGUUGGAGAACCAAUUGCAUUCUUUGCAGAAGAAGGAGAUGACUUAGCCACUUUAGAAAAGCCAAAGGAUGAUCAAGCUCCUUCUUCUUCUGCUUCCACUUCUGCCCCAGAACCAGAACAGCCAGCCAAGAAGGAAACCAAGAAGGAAGUCAAGGAAGAAUCCACCUCUACUUCUUCCAACAAGGAUGUCUUCAACACUGCUAAUCCAAACCAAAAGCUUUCACCAGCUGUUGAAUUACUUUUACAUGAACAUCACAUCUCAAAGGAAGAUGCUUUUUCUAAAAUUGAAGCAUCUGGACCUAAGGGAAGAAUUUUGAAGGGUGAUGUUUUAGCAUACUUGGGAGAAAUUAAGACUGAAUCUGUUUCCAAGAUUGCGGAAUGGAUUAAGUCCAAAGAACAUAUGGAUUUGUCUAAUAUCAUUUUGGCUAGGCCAGAAGAGUCUAAAAAGGAAGGUUCCGUUGAAGAAGCCGUUGUCGCACCACCAAAGCCUACUAACAUCGUUGAAUUCAAGCUCAAUAAGGAGUUGAACUCCAAGAUUGAGGAAGCCGGUGAAUAUCCAGAAGUUUUCAGACUGCUUAUUUCUCUUGUUGAAAACGAAACUUAUGCAGCUCGAUUCCCAGAAUAUGAAUUAUCUCCAACUGCAUCUCCAUAUGUUACUACUGAUUUAUUUGACGAUUUGAUCACACCAUCAGUAACAGAAAAGAGAUUUGAAAUUACCGACGUAAAGUUUGACUUCUUUGGAGGAAUGAAGGUUGGUAUGACUACUUCAUCUGUUGUUGAGGAUGAUUUCUUGGACAUCAUUGGAAACACCUCUGAACCAGGCUUUAUCACUAGAGGAGGAAAUCCAACACAUGUGAACAUUGGCUUAAAGUUAAAGAUCAAUGAAAAGUUACCGGAUGCAAAGGAGUUUGUUACAUUGUUUGAACAAAAUCUCCGUGAAAUUAUAGAAGCUUGAGGAAUGGAGCAAAGGGUAUGAAGGUUACAUAUUCAGAUACUAAAAUAAAUGAAAUACAAUAAAUGGAAAA